CAGUCCCAGUCUGGCGCUGACGUCACGACCCGUCUGGCUGCCUGGGGUUGGGGGAGAGAGAGAGCGCAGCUCCUUGGAAGGAAGCGAGACAGUGAGACAAAGUGACCGCUCCUGUCCUGCUCGGGACUCAUCCACUCUUAGACUGGCACUGCUUCUCUCCUGACUCUGCUUGGCACUUAGAAACUACUCUACUGCUGCCCCAGCCUGGCACUCAGAGACUGCUCCAAACAGGCACUGACUGCUCCUCUUCUACCCCAGCCUGACACUUCCUACUGCCCCAGCCUGACACUUCCUACUGCCCCUGCCUGGCACUAAGAGACUCCUCCUCUCCUGCUUCAGCCUGGCACUCAGACCCUGCUCUUCUACUGCCCAGCCUGGCACUGAGAGACUGCUCAUCUACUUCCCCAGCCUGGCACUCAGAUCCUGCUCUUCUACUGCCCCAGCCUGGCACUAAGAGACUGCUCUUCUAUUGCCCCAGCCUGGCACUAAGAGACUGCUCUUCUACUGCCCCAGCCUGGCACUAAGAGACUGCUCUUCUAUUGCCCCAGCCUGGCACUAAGAGACUGCUCUUCUACUGCCCCAGCCUGGCACUCAGAUCCUGCUCUUCUACUGCCCCAGCCUGGCACUAAGAGACUGCUCUUCUACUGCCCCAGCCUGGCACUGAGAGACUGCUCUUCUACUGCCCCAGCCUGGCGCUAAGAGACUGCUCUUCUACUCCCCCAGCCUGGCACUCAGUCGCUGUCUCUGCCUGAUAUUAAGCGACUGCAUCUCUUCCUUUCCAGGUAAAGUGACGUCUCUUCAACCCCAACUUGGGGGUUUCAGCUCUUACCACAGUUUGUAACAAACUGACUGCUCUGUAGCCCCCAGCCUGCGCCAAACUCACUUUAACUCCUUUCAAACCAGAGAGACCAGCGUCCCUGCCUUGGAAAAAAGCAACUGCUCUCCCAGCCUAGCAAGACACUCCCUGACUCCCUCCAGCCGUCCUCCUGCCAUGUCUGUGCCCUCUCCCCAUGCAGCAGCAGCAGGAGGACCCUGUGUGACAGUGUGAGGCACUUUCUGGAAGAGACUUGCCAUUACUUCAAUGCAUAACUUGAUGGGUCUGAACAGCACCAGCGAAUCCAUCCAUUCCAAUGUGUCCUGCACAUGUAACUGCAAGAGGUCUCUGUUCCAGACUAUGGAGAUCUCGGAGUUGGAGUUCGUCCAGAUAAUCAUUAUCGUGGUGGUGAUGAUGGUGAUGGUCGUGGUUAUCACUUGUCUCCUAAACCACUACAAGCUCUCGGCUCGAUCCUUCAUCCACCGGCACAGCCAGGGGAGGCGGCGAGAGGAGAACCUUUCCUCGGAAGGAAAUCUUUGGCCGUCAGAAAGCACAGUGUCAGGAAACGGAAUCAUAGAGCACAUUUAUACCCCUCGGCCAGCGGACAGGUUCAGCGUUCCAUCUUUCCUGCAGAGAGAUCGUUUCAAUCGAUUCCAGCCUACGUACCCCUACGUCCAGAAUGAGAUUGACCUUCCACCCACUAUCUCCUUAUCAGAUGGUGAGGAGCCACCACCCUACCAAGGACCUUGUACCCUGCAACUCCGGGACCCUGAACAACAGAUGGAACUUAACCGAGAAUCUGUUCGGGCUCCGCCAAACAGAACCAUUUUUGAUAGUGACUUAAUAGACAGCUCGGUGUAUGGGGGGCCCUGCCCUCCAAGCAGCAACUCUGGUGUCAGUGCCACCUCCUACAGCAGCAACGGGAGAAUGGAAGGACCCCCUCCAACCUAUAACGAAGUCAUAGGUCACUAUUCCAGAUCUUCGUUUUACCAUUGCCAGCAGCCGAACCUCGCCACGCCAUCCAUAUUGGAAAGCAACAGACUUCAACCUCAGAAUCAUGGCCUUGACAGCACAAUUACAAGGAGCAAAGAUAAAGACAAGCAAAAAGGGCAACCGUUUUAGAAUAAAAAAAUGUAAAAAAAAAAAAGGACGAACAAAAGAAAUUUCAAAAAGACAAUUAACACUCUGCACUUCUAACCGGUCCGUCCUGUUGUCGGAGAAUCCUUCAACGUCAGAGAAGCUGAUUGCCUUUCUCUACGACGGACGGGGCCGGACCAUUAAAACUAGAAGAUGAAAAUCUUUAAGGAAGGAGUUUAAUUUAAAAAAAAAAAAUUAAAAAAAGCAACUUCCUUCCUUUUCCACUUCUUCCUGUAUAAAUAUUUACAUGUUAUGUCUGGUUUUGAAUGCACAAGGAGGAACAGCUUGGAAUUUUUUUUUUUUUUAAGUUUUAAUUAAUUUUUUAUUUCGUCCCGCUGCAUCGUGAAAUCGAAUCCUACCCAGUUGCUUUUAUAUUAUUAUUAUUAUAAAUGGUUUUUUUUUCUAUGUUUCCAAGUUAAGCUGUGUAUGAAUGCUUUACCCGACACCUUCUCUAUUUACAUAUCGUUAUUUUUUUCUUAAUAUCCCAUGAAAUGUUAAGGAAAAAAAAAAAAAAAAACAUUUGCACAAAACUGUUUGUUAAAUAUCUGCAAUAUAGAAAUCUAUAUAUAAAUAUAUAUGAAAUACAAGAAGCGUAUGCGUGGUAGGAAGUGUAUUUUGUAAUACAAGAGGCCUCUCGCUAUGUUUUUUUUCUUUUGCUUUUCUGAAAAGCGAAAAGAGAAUUUUUGUUUUGUUUGAGUGCCAAUUCGGAAAGUGUGUUGUACGUUAUGUAAAAAAAAAAAAAAAAAAAAAAGCAGGAGGAAAGAGUUAUUUAUAUAAAUGUUGAAAAGAAUUUUGCACUAUUUUUUGAUAUGAAUAUACCAGUGCUUGUGUUAGCAAAAAAAAAAAAAAGUCUACCACACUUAAAAUGUAGAAACAUUUUUUUUUAAAAAAAAAAACAACAAUCCUUAUUGUAUCAAAAAGAAAAAACAGGAUCCAUUGGCAGCGCCGUUGUUAAUGAAUUUACUUUGUUACCGGGGGGGGAAAUGCGUCUUGGUAUUGUUCUGAAACGCAUUUCCAUGUAUUUAUUUCGUUGAAAGAAUUGAAACUGUAGAAGGCUUCAGCUGUGACUGUGUAAGGGCUUGGAGUGGGUCCCACGGCAUUCCACACUCAUGAAUACUCUUUGCAUGUUUAAAUGAAGAUAUAGAUAUGAAAUCACAACGGCUUCAUUGUAAUGGAACUAGCGGCAGCAUACAGAAAGAGGGGUAUCAGGCACUCCGAAAAAUUCCACAAUUAAAAAUAUAAUAUUUAUUGUAGAUUCAUUAAAAAAGAACAAUAUCUCCACUGGCCCUACACGUUUCGUGCCUCCAGGGAUUAACAAAAUCCCACAAAAAGCAUAAAGAGGGGUAUCGGGAAAAAUUCCACAAGGGCCGCCAAGAUUAAAGUUAAAAAUAUAAUAAUAUUUAUUGUAGAUUCAUUAAAAAAGGAACAAUAUCUCCAUUCGCCCUAUGCGUUUCGUGCCUCCAGGGAUUAACAAAAUCCCACAAAAAGCAUAAAGAGCGGUAUCGGGCUCUCCGAAAAAUUUCACAAGGGCCGCCAAGAUUAAAGUUAAAAAUAUAAUAAUAUUUAUUCUAGAUUCAUUAAAAAAGGAACAAUAUGUGCCACCACCAAGGCACUUAAUCCCUGGGAGGCACCAAACGCGUAGGGCCAAUGGAGAUAUUGUUCCUUUUUUUAAUGAAUCGACAUUAAAUAUUAUAAUAUUUUUAACUUUAAUCUUGGCGGCCCUUGUGGAAUUUUUCGGAGAGCCCGAUACCCUUCUUAAUGCAUUUUGUGGGAUUUUGUUAAGAUGUGGGAGGCAUGAAACGUGUAGGGCCAAUGGAGAUAUUGUUCCUUUUUUAAUGAAUCUACAUUAAAUAUUAUUAUAUUUUUAACUUUAUUCUUGGCGGCCCUUGUGGAAUUUUUCAGGAAAGCCUGAUACCCCUCUUAAUGCAUUCUGUGGGAUUUUGUUAAUCCCUGGGAGGCAUGAAACGUGUAGGGCCAAUGGAGAUAUUGUUCCUUUUUUAAUGAAUCUACAUUAAAUAUUAUUAUAUUUUUAACUUUAAUCUUGGCGGCCCUUGUGGAAUUUUUCGGUAAAGCCUGAUACCCCUCUUAAUGCAUUCUGUGGGAUUUUGUUAAUCCCUGGGAGGCAUGAAACGUGUAGGGCCAAUGGAGAUAUUGUUCCUUUUUUAAUGAAUCUACAUUAAAUAUUAUUAUAUUUUUAACUUUAAUCUUGGCGGCCCUUGUGGAAUUUUUCGGUAAAGCCUGAUACCCCUCUUAAUGCAUUCUGUGGGAUUUUGUUAAUCCCUGGGAGGCAUGAAACGUGUAGGGCCAAUGGAGAUAUUGUUCCUUUUUUAAUGAAUCUACAUUAAAUAUUAUUAUAUUUUUAACUUUAAUCUUGGCGGCCCUUGUGGAAUUUUUCGGUAAAGCCUGAUACCCCUCUUAAUGCAUUCUGUGGGAUUUUGUUAAUCCCUGGGAGGCAUGAAACGUGUAGGGCCAAUGGAGAUAUUGUUCCUUUUUAAAUGAAUCUACAUUAAAUAUUAUUAUAUUUUUAACCUUAAUCUUGGCGGCCCUUGCGGUUUACCAUCGGGGAUCAGUGGGCUCCCCUGGAAAGUAUAUUUCUGUGUCCCAUCACGACCCCACAAAUGCAAUCCCUGUAGAGAUGAGUAGUGGGUAGUGAUUGGUAAAUUUGUCCUGUGAAAUUCACAAAAAAAAAUUUGACGCCAGCGUCAAUUCUGACGAUAAAGUCAACGGGCGUCCGAAUAAUGUUGAUGCGCGUCCAAAAUUUUUGACCCGAAACGCGGAAAUUCACCCCAAAUUCGUGCCUGGCAAAUUUAUUCGCCCAUCACUAUGGGCAUUAUGGUAAUUGUGAGGGAAUCUUUUCAGGCCCAUGGGUUCUGCUCAUUCAGUUUUCAAAAAUAUGAUCUUCAACAUAUUUCAGUGUGCUCUGUCCCCUCCACCAAAAAAAAAUAAAACAGGUGGUUUAAACUUCUUAAAAUAAAAUUGCAUCAAUCAAAUUAAAAAAUUCAAGGCGCCUUAGGAUCCAACGUUAUUCUUUUCUGACUCCGUUCUCACUGUUCAUCAGUUGUCAUUCAGUACAUUCCCUCCUAGACCAGGAAAAAAAUAAGUGUUUGGCAAAUAUUCAUAAAUAAAAAAAAAUGGUUAAAUAAAUUUCAUUUUUCAAAAGA